UGCAACAUUACCAGGCACGUCGUAAUGGCAACGCAACCCGCCUCCUCUCGUCACGAAACGCACCCUAUGCCGGGAUCAAGGUAAUGUCGAGGGCUGGGGCUGGUCAGCCCUCUAUGACUAUUGCAGUCUUGCGCAAGCUCAAGCUCGCUCUCGCUCUGGCUCGGGCUCCAGCCCAGCAUUGACGGCCAUGGGCCACGAACCACGGGCCAUGGUUCGUGGCCGACUCUUAUGCAUCCCGCGACAGUCAGUGGAGCGCCUGUCGCUCAUUUCCUCACUGUUCUCAGCACUCAUGCGCCUCACUCCGUUGCUGCUCGCUGCGGCAGUGCUCGCGCUGCCCGCGCCGCCCGCGCCAACAGAGUCACUGAGUCUGCCGGCGACAAUCAAGAACUUUGCCGAGCAGACCGUGUUCGAGCCGCCCACCACCACCACGCGGAGGCGGAGGACGACGACGUCAAAAGAAGACUCGUCUCCCACAUCGUCGGCCUCACCCACAAACUCCUCACCGUCAUCACAAGCAUCCCCCUCCGCAUACACACCCCCACUCCCCUCACUCACAAACCCGAACCCCAACACCGCCGUCGACCCCGCCACGCCCACCAAUGCGACCGAACCUGCCCCCCGACCGUCUGUGACCCCACAGAGCAUCAUCAUGAACGCGACGGCGGCGGGCACACCUGGCGUCGCCGUCGUGACAGAGGUGGUGACGGUCACGGCGAGUCCGGCGGGCGAGGAGAACGGGGCGAAGAUCUACUUCCCCAGCGCGCUCAACUAUUGGGUCCUCCAUGCCGUCUCGGUUAUUGAAUGGGCGCCGGCGCUGCCCGUCCCUGUCGACAUCCGGCUCACGCAUGCGGGCACCGACGUGCUGAUAUACGACUACAUUCUCAGCGUGAAUGUGCCGGCGGGGUUCACCAGUUUGGCGCUGAGUGUGAUGGAGCCCGCAUCGCCCGCCAAGGGGUACCAGCUCAUCAUUGCCGACCACGGAAAUGGAACAAUCUACUCGACGUCGGAAAUGUUCGAGAUCAAGGAGGCGGGGAGCAGCGUGCUCGUCCCCGCGGGCUUCGCCGCGGCCACGCAGAGCGGGGGAAUAGUUGCGCAGGCGUCCGGCGCGCGCCAAGCGACAUGGACUACUGCACUCGCAUCCGCCGCCCUCGUCGCCGCCCUGUGGCUGUAAAUAGCAUAACCACAAACAUCACGGCUCUCACAAUCUAGACUGCACCCCACAUCACCAAGGACACUGCCGGACUGUCAUAGACCUGUAUCACCACUGUAUUUGCACAUAGAACGAAAUCUCAGAGCGACAGGACGACCAGCGCCUCGCGUCGCUCGUAUCGCCAGGGCGGUAAUGUUCUAAAUGAAC